GCAUAAGGUUUUGAAAUCAGAUGUCUCGGAACUGAUAUCAACAUUUGGAAACAAUGACGCGACUCAGUUUAGGCGAUGGUUGACCGAACUUGAAUGACAUAGGAUCGAAACGACCAAUUCAAUGGUAUUCUUAUUAAUACACAUCAGGCGCGAGACUAUAUGGCUUGCGGGUCGGAGAAAACCCACCAGAGAGCCCCGGCCGGAGAAAACCCACUUUCGAGUGGCCCAAUCGGAGAAAACCCUCACUCGAUCUCUCAAUCCCCAUUGGCUAGUGAUAGAUGCGAUGCACCACAAUGUCUACCAUAUUUCAGCAAGCAUUGCUCUUGAGGUGAGCAUCACCAUUCUCACGGUCUUUUUCUCUUCACUAUUGUCUCUGCAGAAUGUUUCGCCUUGCAAGUCAAAGAGCCGGCUUCCAGUUGCGCCAUGCCUUAUUCAACGACUACCUGAACGUCCCUCGUGCGGCACCUAGUUUAUAUACAAAUUCCCAACCGUCUAUGCAACGCACACCACAAUCACGAUAUAGCUCGACAAAACAAGCAAUACCCACCGCCUUUUCGAGCGAACCAAAGCCUACUGGUGUCGUGGAGUACGCGCUCACAUCACUCGAUGCCAUGACCAACUGGGCACGUCAAUCUUCCCUUUGGCCAUUGAGUUUUAGACUAGCUUGCUGCAGUAUAGAGAUGAUGCACGUCUCGAUGCCUCGAUAUGAUCAGGAUCGGCUUGGCAUUAUCUUCCGCGCCUCUCCACGACAAGCAGACGUCAUGAUCGUUGCCGGCACACUUACAAACAAAAUGGCACCUGCUCUUCGUAUGUGCUAUGAUCAGAUGCCUGAUCCAAAAUGGGUGAUUAGCAUGGGUAGCUGCGCAAAUAGCGGUGGUUACUAUCACUACAGUUAUGCGGUCGUAAGAGGCGUGGAUCGCAUUGUGCCGGUUGACAUAUAUGUCCCAGGUUGCCCGCCAACAGCCGAAGCGCUGCUUUACGGAGUGUUCCAGCUGCAAAAGAAGAUGAGGAGAACAAAGAUCACUAGAAUGUGGUACCGGAAGUAGUUUUGCUUCCUGGGGGCCGAAGGGAUUAUACUCCAGCGAGAGUGGACAGUCACACACCCUCUCGAGGUGAACUUUUGUGGACCCGAAAAUUCAUUGUUUUGCGAGAAUGUAUUUGUACAUAAUACCUAGCGAUGAUGACUGAUGUCGAGUUCGACUCGAAAGUAUGGUCCUUUCAAGGUAGCGUAAAU